CUCCUCCCCCACCCCACUCCCCGGGGUUGCACGUACUGGGUCCAACCCCCCCUCCCCGCUUGAGGGGCUCUCUUCCCUCCUCCUCCCCCUGGGGCGCGGCCCUCCCUGUUGCCUGAGAAACCUACCCCUCUCGUGGAUCGGGCAACCCCUUCCCCUGCGGAGGAGCGCAUAACUCGCGGUCCUGGGUUCAAGUCCCGCCUCCGCGUCUUGACUCCCCGUGACCUUGGGAGAGUCUAGUUCUUUAGAAUUUGUCAGACAGGAUGGGGAAAGGCUACAAGGUCGUGGUUUGUGGAUCGAUGGCCGUGGGGAAAACGGCGAUUUUGGAACAGCUUCUUUAUGGGAAUCACGUUAUUGGUAAAGAAGACAGUGAAACGGUGGAAGACGUGUAUGUGGCAUCAGUGGAAACCGAUCGAGGGGUGAGGGAGCAGCUGCGCCUCUAUGACACGCAGGGUCUGCAAGAAGGCGAGGAGCUGCCCAAGCACUACUUCUCUUUUGCUGAGGGGUUUGUGCUGGUCUAUGCGGUGAAUGACCUUGUAUCCCUUCGGAAGGUGGAGAGCAUUAAGAAAGAAAUAGAUAAAUUCAGGGAUAAGAAAGAGAUAGUAAUUGUGAUCUUGGGAAACAAAUCUGAUUUGUCUGAGCAGAGGCAAGUGGAUGCUGACAUGGCCCAGCAGUGGGCAAGGAGUGAGAAAGUGAGGCUGUGGGAGGUGACCGUGACUGAUCGGAAAACUCUCAUUGAACCAUUCAUCGUCUUAGCCAGCAAGCUCACCCAGCCCCAGAGCAAGUCCGCUUUCCCCUUGCCCGGAAGGAAGAACAAAGGCAAUAUCACGGCUGAGAAUUAGCCAGUCUCACAGUAAAAUGGCGUCUGGGAAAACAUCCGGCCUCAUUCUAGACUUUUGUGAAAAGUGAAUGGAUUUACAAUCAUAAGCUGUUGCCUAGAGCAUCCACCUUUUUUCCCUUAGGAAACUGGCCCAACCAGGUCUCUAAAAGCACUUUAUAUCUUUAAGUUAUAAUUUACAAAGUUGGGUUGGAGGGGAGGGGAGAGAAUGAGGAAGGGAGAUCGCCUACUCUUCUAAUGCGAAAUCAUCAUAUGUGCUGUAAAUACUAUUUGUGUAUUCAUUUCAGAGCAGUGUUUUUUAAAAAUGAUAACGCACUUGUGUUAAAAACUAUGAAAAUAAAAUGUGGGUGACCUAAA